AUGGUCCAUGACCAGCUUGAUGUGUUGACGGCUUUCCUGCAUGGCGUCAUGAAGGAACAAGUGAUCUGUGUGAUUCCUGAAGGCGUCAACCUUGAUAGUACGUUCGACUGCCUGGUAUUAGUGAAGUCAAUUUACGGCCUCAAGCAAGCGUCGCGAGUGUGGAACGAGACGUUCGACAACCAUUGUGUGCUUGUACUGGUCGACGUGGAAGACGUCUUGGUGACUGGAAGCUCGCUUGAGCUAAUUGCACGAACCAAGAACGACUUGAAGACACGUUUUGAGAUGACAGACAGCGGCAAGUAUUCAUUUGUUCUAGGGAUCGAGCUUUUGGACGGUGAAGAUGGCAGUGUGACUCUGUGUCAGCGCCGUUAUGUCGAUGAUAUCCUCAAGCGCUUUGGAAUGGAGGAGUGCAAGGCUGUGGCGAGUCCUGUGGAUGUCAGUUCUCGAGUGAUGUCAAGCAGCACUGCGAACAAGAUCGAUGUUCCAUGCCGUGAAGCUGUUGGUGCUUUGAUGCAUCUGACGACUGCAAAACGACCGGACAUUGCCUGUGCUGUGAGCUUUGUGUCGCGCUUCAUGGAGAAUCCCCAAGAAGAACACUGGGUUGCGGUCAAGAGCAUCUUUCGCUACCUACAAGACACCAAGAUGCAUGGAAUGUGCUCCAAGCCAAGUGCAUGGAUCGCUUUUCGUGGCUAUUCGGACGCAGACUGGGCCGGCGACCUUACUGAUCGCAAGUCAACGUCUGGCUACGUCUUCAUGCUAUUGGGUGCUCCAGUGAGUUGGGUCAGCAAGAAGCAGCCAAGUGUGUCACUGUCUACAAGUGAAGCGGAGUACAUUGCGCUAAUUCUGGCGAUUCAAGAAGGCAAGUGGAUCCACCGCUUACUAUGCGAUAUCAUGGCAGCUGCUAACGUGGACGGACCCGAUCUCAUCAUCCGAGAAGAAAAUCAGUCCUGCAUCAAAAUGACCAAGAAUCCGGUCAACCACGGCCGCGCCAAACACAGUGAUAUCAAGUACCAUCACAUUCGCGAUGAAGUCAAGCGCGGUGAAGUGAAGCUUGAAUAA